AUGAGUACACAGGCCGCUGCAGUGUCCAGGCAAAGAGCCGAGGCUGCUGAAUACUCAUUCGCUGAAGCUCUCUCAUUAAGCUCCAAGGACUCCUUCCAACUUUUAUCCAAAGGAGAAUUGGGCUUACCACCAUCUCCCAAUAGUCCAAGUACCAAUCACAACACUUAUAGCAUUUUCCCCGAGAGAACGUUGGCUGAAAAGACUCUUCCCGAAAAAACAAUACCUAGAAAUCUUGCGCCACCCCUGCAGCAAAAACAAAUCAUGGCACCAUCGACGCUAAAUUCCGGGAAGUUUUCCAAAGCACAAACACAAUGUAUGCAGCUCUGCCUGAAGACGACAGCUCUCAGCGAUCGUAUUUCGGUUAGGGUCUUGGAAUAUCUUACAACUGUGAAAGAGCUGCCUCAAGGUUUCGAAGCCCUCGCCCAUGACUUUCUCGACACUUGUCACAUCCUUUUUUCAAUCGAAGCUGGACUCGAAGAAUGCAAUCAUCACGUACAAAACUUUCCUAUCGAAAUGAUAACAGAGCUCGAUCACAAAUUUCGAGCUACUCAAGCGAAUUUCCAAGUGUUCUACCAAUUACUUGCUAAAUUUCUUCAACAUGAAAAUGUGGGAAGUUUCAAGCGAGGUUGGGGGAAAAUCUUCAGCAACACUCCUAAUGAUAUCAGAAAAAUGGCCGGCACAUUGAGUAAAACAAGGGAUGAUUUGAGGAUGAGCGCAUUGGUUUUCCAAUGGAGUUUGGGAAGCGACAAAAUUGAGAAGGAGUUGGGCAUUGGUUACCUUGGCUUAGCUGCGGCGCUCAACAGAAUGGACGAAAAGGCUGGACGCAAACCCAGCAAGACUUCAGACAGCUCAAGUUCUACGCCAAUCAUGCCGUCGCCUCUUGGACUAGGAAACAGCGAUGCCAGUAGCCAUUACAGCGUCCAAGCACCACAAAUGCCCCUACCAAAUUUCCCUCUCCCUCCACUACCCAACAACGGAUGGCCCGGCAGAACGUCCUCUACUAGUCAGCAACCGGAGUCGUUGGGAGAUAGAACAUCUGCUAGAGAUGCUUCCCUACUCCUGGGCUCAAACCUUCAGCGAUAUAAUACGAAUAGUGUUCAUACUCCCAUGAGUUCACAAACCGUCAAUUCGCAUGAUUCAGGCGAGAGAUCUUACACAGAUUUAAUCAAUUCCUUCGAGAACCAUCAUAUGAACCAUCACAUUGAUGAUGCCCGAUCGCAUACCGAGACUAUUGAAUCUGGCAGUCUCAUCAAGGAUGUCGAUGGAAUGAUAAUAAAUCCUUCUCGAGCAAUCCGACUAAAGGCAGAUCCCGACAACAUGCCACGUUGGAGUCCUCGAGGUAGUGCAGGCUCGAAUACUGGACCUAUGAAGGCAGCUUUGAUUUCUGCUAUUCGAGACAAAAACCACAAAGCCGUAGAGAAGUUAUUGGAUGGCGGUGUACCAGCAAACACAGGGUCAGAAGUCAAUGCCCUUAAAGAGGCAAUUCUAGCUCAUGAUGCAGAGAGUGUACGAUUACUACUAACUUUUGGCGCCAACCCAAACGAACAUGAUAGAGAUGGAAUUACACCUUUGAGAGCAUCUGUUGAUAAAUCCUUCCUGGCUGGAGCUACAACACUUCUGAAAUACGGAGCUGAUCCUAAUCUUGUUGCCGGUAUCGACAUGGAAUCACCUCUUGCUGUAUCAGUUAUGCAGAACAUGGUUGGCUUCUCGCAUCUUUUCUUGAUUUAUAAUGGUGAUGCCAAUCUCUCUACCUCGAAUGGUAAUACGCUCCUUAUCGCUUCUAUCAACAAGAAGACAUCUAGAAAAUUCAUGGAAUUAUUACUCAAAUACGGCGCAAACCCCAAUGCUAAAAGUAAGGAGGGAAAGACCGCUCUGUUUGAAGCCAUUACAUGUGGAAGAGCCGACAUCGUCUCCAUAUUGUUAGAAAAUGGAGCAGAUCCCAAUCUCCCAGGACCGAAACACAUGCUCUGGCCUGCAACCUACCAAACCGCUUGUCUCCAAUAUCUCCUUACACACGGAGCAGAUCCCAAAAAAUGCCCAGGAAUCAUGGAAUUGGCGACCAGUAUUAAUAAUAUCGAAUCAGUCCGUACUCUCCUUACACAUGGCGUUGAUCCCAAUGCCAAGAAAGAUGGCGUGUACACUCCAUUAUGUACAUCAAUCCGAGAUGACCGACCAGAUAUCUUCCAGCUCCUCAUCAGCAACAAAGCCGAUCCUAACACUAUGGCAAGUGAAUAUCCAGCUUGGAAAUGUGUCACCCAUAACCGAAUUCAUUUUCUCCCCGCCUUGGUAAGUGCCGGAGCAGAUAUUCACAAUCCUAAAGGUAUUGCCGAAAUGGCAGUAAGUUGCAAUAACAUGGAAGCACUCAAUUGGCUUCUCGACCAAGGCGUAAAUCCCAACGAUAAGUCCGCCAAAGGAAUGUCACCACUCACAACUGCUAUCCGCGAAGAACGCCUCGAAAUGAUUGAUCUCCUCCUAUUACGUGGAGCAGACGUCAAUGUUCGAGGUCAAGACUGGCCUGUUUGCAUGGCAGUUCGCAGUCCUCAAAUUCUCAAACGCAUUCUAUCUGUGAUGCCGGAACCUCGUGCUUACAAAGGAGUCCUGGAAAUGGCAGUUCAUGCAAAUCAAUUAGAAUCCGUCAAGUUACUUCUUGCAGCUGGUGUAUCAGUUGAAGACAAAAACGGCGGAGUCUUUUCGCCUCUCACAACAGCCAUCCGCGAAGAUCGCAUUGAAAUCGUCAAAUACCUUCUCAAUGAAGCGGGUGCAGAUAUCAAUGCUCCUGGUGAGCAUUUACCUAUCGUCAAAGCACUUCGUCGUUACCAGGGAGGCGAGACAGACAUGAUUGAAUUGUUAUUGGAUCAUGGUGCAGAUCCGAAUAAGAUCUACCGAGGUUGGAACGCUAUUAUGCAAGCUAUUGAGAAUGGUGAUGCCGAAAUUCUCAAGCUGGUAGCGGGAAAAGCGGGAGUUAAUUUAGAGGCAAAGGAUGAGAUGGGGAGAACAGUCAGCGAUAUCGCAGCUAGCAGGGGAUGGAAUGAGGCGGUCACUAUUUUGCACGAUAACAUGUCUUUGUGA